AUGGCUGUGGCUACUGCGGGUCCAGCAUACAAGCUGUGGUUUCUAUCGACAGGUAUUGUCUUUUUGUUCUUCCUUCUUUUUGCAUUUUACACCGAUUCGAUCAAGUCGCCUUUGGACUACGCACAUGCAAAAGCAGCAGAGUUCUGCAGCGAUUCCGCAGCUCCACAAACUACAGCUGACGCAGAUCCCAAAGAGGGGAAAUUCGGCAACUGCAAAGACCCCUACCGUCGCCCCGGGUAUCUCUAUGUCCCAGCAGAAACAGAAAGAUACCGAGAGACACGAUGGUUGCCGUUUACAGACAAGUUUCUCAACUCUGAGGAUCCCGAAACUGCAGAGUAUCCUCACACAGGAGGAGAUCUCAUCUUCAACGAUACGGAUGUCCCACGAACAUUCUUCAAAGGAUCAGAUAUACCUAUAGAAUGGAUGAAGCUAGCGGUCAAAGAGAAUAAGCGUCGACAGGAAGCGAUGGCGCAUAUCACCAACGCAACAUCAGAAGACUACCACAGAAUGAGAAACGAUGCUGAGUUUGGCUGGCUCUGGGGCCGCCGAGUCGUAUCAUUCGGCGACUCUGUCGACAGGCGAGCAGCCAGAUACGUCUGCCACGAGUUCGGCCACGACAUGGUCUUCCCCAAGCUUCAUGAGAUAGAGCAGUGGCCCAUGGGUGUCUGCCACAUCCCGGCAUUCAACCUGACAUUCACUGCCUUCCACUCAGCAGGUGGCUUUACUUACAGGCCCGAAUGGUUCUGGUAUAAGCAAAUGCGCAUCAUCCCCUUUGAGCGACGCUGGGAAGAGCUCUGGCAACCACAUGAGCGAGACAUCCGCGGUCCCAAUGGCAGACCUGAUCUUAUCCUAUGGCAGAAUGGGCUCUGGGAUCAGCGAGGCUUCCAAGUCGGUGGACAGAAGCUCCACGAAGGGCAGAACGUCACUCUCAACGCAAGACACAGGAAAAUGGUCUGGGACGAACUGCACUUCUUCUUGGCCCGCACCAAGAAGUAUGCCGAGAUGCUCAUCAGAGAGUUUCCAGACACGCCUAUGAUGUGGCGUAGUCUAACGUAUCACCAGAAGACUGGAUCAGGGGACAUCAUGGUAGUUGAGAUGGACCGUCUUGGACGCGCUUUGGCAGAGCAGUAUGGACAUGAAGUCUUUGAAUGGGGUCGCAUCAUUAGUCUCAUGGGGAACUGGUAUGAAGAUGGUACGCAUCCGGGUGAGGGUGCAUUGAGUUGGUUAUGGGGAAACAUGAUUCUUGAGUAUCUCGCCAGAUCCGCAAAGUCGAAAAUUGGAGGCGAUUAUAGAUUUCCGUAUUUUGACGGAUGGGAGAGGUGCCAUGAGGAACUCGUUGGGUGGGGAGGACGAUAG